AUGGCCUCGUUUCGGCGGACUCUAUCGCCGGCGUAUCCCGAUCGCCAGUACCUAAACGGUUCGUUUCCGGUUUCCUCUCCGACGCACAAGCUACCCUCCGCGAACGCCAAGUACUCGUCUCCGCUGCCGGCGCUUUCGGCGGCGUUCCGGCGGCUCGUCGGCGGAGUGUUCACGCGCCGGCACGGACGGAAAGGCCAGUGGAGUCGAGCGGCGUUCAGGUGCGUGCUGUGCUUCUUCGUAGGGUUCUUGCUAGGCAUGUUUCCAUUCGGUCAUGUGGCGGAGGACAUUCGGUCUCACGAAAUCUCGUUCGAGAUGAAGCCGCCGCUGCCUCGCGCGAACAACGCGCAGCAACUGCUCCGGGAAGAUCGCGUUCUACGGAAUCGUGCCCAGGAGGGUUUCGUGAUCGAUCCGGUGAGCCUGAGCGCGGAGAGGGAGAGGCAAAACGAUAGGUUCGAUUUUGUGCCGAGGAAGCCGCUAAUUGUGGUGACGCCAACGUACGACCGCGCCUUUCAGGCGUAUUUCCUGAACCGGUUGGGGCAGGUGCUGCGGCUGGUGCCGCCGCCGGUGGUGUGGAUUGUGGUGGAGAUGAAGGCGGCGUCGAUGGAGACUGCCGAGGUGCUGAGGAAGACGGGCGUGAUGUAUAGGCAUUUGGUGUGCAAUAAGAAUGUGACAGAUGUGAAGGACAGGGGGGUUCAUCAGAGGAACACAGCGUUGGAACACAUUGAGCAUCAUAGGCUCGAUGGGAUUGUUUACUUUGCGGACGAUGAUAAUGUGUAUUCUCUUGAGUUGUUUGACGCCUUGAGAGACAUCAGCCGCAUUGGCACUUGGCCUGUUGCCAUGCUUGCACCAAGCAAGAACAAGGCCAUUUUGGAGGGUCCUGUAUGCAAUGCAAGCCACGUGAUUGGGUGGCAUACAAAUGAGAAAAGCAAAAGACUUCGUAGAUUUCAUGUUGAUAUGUCUGGAUUUGCAUUCAACAGCACAAUCUUGUGGGAUCCAAAACGAUGGCGACGCCCUUCAUCAAAUCCCAUAAGACAAUUAGACACAGUGAAGGAAGGUUUUCAAGAGACUACCUUUAUAGAACAGUUGGUGGAAGAUGAAAGUCAAAUGGAAGGUUCACCUCAUGGUUGUUCAAAAAUAAUGAAUUGGCAUCUCCAUUUGGGUGUUCAUAAUAUUGUUUACCCAAAAGGUUGGGUGCUUCAGAAAAACCUAGACGCUGUCAUACCUGUCAAGUAA